AUGAACAAGAACACCAUUCAAACCUUCCUCCACCUCCUUCUCCUCUUCCUCCUCCCAAAUUCAUCUAAAGCUUCCAUUGGUAUAGGCAUUGGUGUUGGCAUUGGCAUUGGCAAAGGCAAUGGCAAUGGCAAUGUCAAUGGUGGUCCUAACAUUAAUGGUAACACUAACACCCCAACCCCUUCAGGAUCAUCUAAGCAAAAUCUAAACAAUGCUUACAAAGCUCUUCAAGCUUGGAAAUCUUCAAUCACCAAUGACCCUUUAAACAUUCUAGACACAUGGGUUGGUCCUAAUGUUUGUUCUUACAAAGGAAUCUUUUGUGAAACCACUACUACUACUACUACUACUCAUGUUGUUGCAGGAAUAGAUCUCAACCAUGCAAAUCUUCAAGGAACACUUGUCAAAGAACUCUCACUACUAUCCGAUUUAACACUUCUUCAUCUCAACACCAACAACUUUUCUGGCACACUUCCUGAAACAUUCAAAGACUUUACCUUCCUUCAAGAGCUAGACCUCAGCAACAACCAACUCUCAGGUUCUUUUCCGACAGUUACCUUAAACAUGCCAAGCUUAAUCUACCUAGACCUUAGAUUCAACAACUUCAAAGGGUCACUUCCUGAACAACUUUUCUACAAGAAACUCGAUGCAAUAUUUCUCAACAACAAUCAAUUCAGCGGCGAAAUACCUCAAAGCUUUGGUAACUCACCUGCAUCAGUGAUCAAUUUAGCCAACAACAAAUUUACCGGAAACAUACCCAUAAGUUUCGGUUUCAUCAGUCCUAAACUCAAAGAGAUUAUUUUCCUUAACAAUGGAUUAACAGGUUGUAUUCCUCAAGGUGUUGGUGUGUUUACAGAAAUGCAGGUUCUUGAUUUGAGUUUCAAUUCACUUGUUGGUCAUUUACCUGAUACACUAUCUUGUUUGCCAGAUAUAGAAAUUCUUAAUAUAGGACAUAACAAGCUUUCUGGUGAUAUAUCAGAUGUCAUAUGUUCUUUGACAAGCUUGCUGAAUUUAACUGUUGCUUAUAAUUUCUUUUCUGGCUUUAGUCAAGAAUGUUCAAGGCUUUUGAAUAUUGGUUUUGAUUUUUCUGAUAAUUGUAUACCUGGUAGGAAUUUGCAAAGACCUGAACCUGAGUGUUCUUUGAUUCCUGCUGGUGAUUUGAAUUGUCUUAGAAUUCCUAGUCCAAAACCUCUUGUUUGUGCUACUUUGGCUUCAAGCUAUCAAGCACAGACAUCUCAAAAAAGACCCCGACACUGA